UCCUCUUCUUACCCUGCACCCAGAGCCUAGCCAGUGAGGACAAGGGCAGGAGGCACCAUGAGUGGGGGCCCUGUGGGAGGCAGGCCUGGGGGCCGCGGAACACAGGCGGUUCAGCAGAACAUACCCUCCACCCUACUCCAAGACCAUGAGAACCAGCGAGUCUUCGACAUGCUCGGAAGGAAAUGCUGGACAUUGGCCACCACAGUUAUUCAACUGUACAUGGCGAUGCCCCCUGGAGCCGAGCGCUGGACCAAGAAGCAUUGUGGGGCUGUGUGCUUUGUGAAGGAUAACCCCCAGAAGUCCUACUUCAUCCGCCUUUACAGCCUUCAGACAGGCCUGCUACUCUGGGAACAGGAGCUAUACUCACAGCUGGUUUACUCCACUCCCACCACCUUCUUCCACACCUUUGCUGGAGAUGACUGCCAAGUGGGGCUGAACUUUGCAGAUGAGAGCGAGGCUCAGGCCUUCCAGGCCCUGGUGCAGGAGAAGAUACAGAAAAGGAAUCAGAGGCAAAGUGGAGACAGACGCCAGCUACCCCCACCACCAGCACCAGUCAAUGAAGAGAGAAGAGGAGGGUUCCCACCCCUGCCCUCGCACCCAGGUGGAGACCAAGGGGGCCCAGCAGCUGGAUCACUGUCCCUGGGGAUGGGGACAGUGGACAUCCAGAACCCGGACAUCACGAGUUCACGAUACCGUGGGCUUCCGGUACCUGGCCCUGGCCCAGCUGAUAAGAAACGCUCAGGGAAGAAAAAGAUCAGAAAGGCUGAUAUUGGUGCACCUAGUGGAUUCAAACAUGUCAGCCACGUGGGGUGGGACCCCCAGAAUGGAUUUGACGUAAACAACCUGGACCCGGAUCUGCGGAGCCUGUUCUCUAGGGCGGGAAUCAGUGAGGCCCAGCUCACUGAUGCUGAGACCUCCAAACUUAUCUAUGACUUCAUUGAGGAUCAGGGCGGCCUGGAAGCUGUGCGGCAGGAGAUGAGGCGCCAGGAGCCGCUUCCACCACCCCCACCGCCAUCCCGAGGAGGGAACCAGCCCCCCCGGCCCCCAACUGUGGGGAGUAACAAGGGUCGUUCUGGUCCACUGCCCCCUGUACCUUUGGGAGGUGUGCCACCGCCACCACCACCAACUCCUCGGGGACCCCCACCUCCGGGCCGAGGGGGCCCUCCACCACCACCCCCUCCAGCCACAGGACGUUCUGGGCCACCACCCCCUCCGCUCCCUGGAGCUGGGGGUCCACCCAUGCCACCACCACCACCACCUCCACCACCACCACCACCACCCAGCUCUGGGGAUGUGCCAGUGCCUCCCCCAGUCCCUCCUACUCUGGGGCCUGUGGGGGGCCUGGCCCCUGUUGGUGGUCGGGGAGCCCUUUUGGAUCAAAUCCGGCAGGGAAUUCAGCUGAACAAGACCCCUGGUGCCUCGGAGAGUUCUGCGCUGCAGCCACCACCUCAGAGCUCCGAGGGGCUGGUGGGUGCCCUGAUGCACGUAAUGCAGAAGAGAAGCAAAGCCAUCCACUCCUCAGACGAAGGGGAGGACCAGGCCGGAGAUGAUGAAGAGGACGAUGAAUGGGACGACUAGGUCACCACCAUCCCCCCCUGUUCUGCACCUGAUCCCCUGGCAGCUGUUGCUUACGGCCUUCUUCUCUCUGCUUCCAGGGCCCCAAGGCCCAUUUCUUCUCUACCAACCCCCCCAAUGCUGUAAUCUCUGACUGACUCCCAGUCGCCUUAGCAAUAGCCCCUUUUUAUACAAAAUUUCUCAGUUCUCAGUCAAGGAUUUUAAAAUAAAAAUAAAAUAACUGUCUUUUUGUUUCUCUAAA